AUGAUUAAAGAUCAUAAAGUGUCUAAUAUGAAUGGUGCUAUUGAAUAUAUUCUUCAAUCAGAUUCAACAUGGAAACAUCGAAAAGAAUUUCAACGUGAUGAAGAUCAUCUUAAAAAUUUAUUAAUUAAAUGUGAAUCAUAUUGGAUUGGUAAACGUCAAUCAGAAGGUGUUGAUAUUGAAGAUGCAUAUAAAUGUCAAUGGUGUGAUUAUAAACAUAUUUGUACAUGGCGUGAAGAUAAACAAAAUGAAUUUUCAAGAAAAAAAAGACGAUUUGAUUAA